UAUAUGCAGGUAGCGAGAAGUGAAUCGGCCCUUUGAUGAUACGGUAAUAUAAUAAAAGUGAUCUGGCAAGCAGCGGGUCUUAUUUUCUACUCUCUCGUGGGAAUGAGUUGCCAAUCUUUUACUUCGGCUGAUACCUUUGUACCUCUGAGUGCUGAUGCCUCUGCAGCGCUGCCUCUGAUAAUGCACCCCAGUGCUGCUGAGUGUCUCCCAGUCUCCAACCAUGCCACCAACGUGAUGUCGACAGUCCCGUCUAUUUUGUCUUUGAUCCAAACUCCUAAAUGUUUGCACACGUAUUUCUCGAUGACAACUAUGGGAAACGCAGCGACAGGACUUCAUUAUUCUGUGCCUUCCUGUCAUUAUGGAAAUCAGCCAUCCACCUAUGGAGUGAUGGCAGGCAGUUUAACCCCUUGUCUUUACAAGUUUCCAGAUCACACCUUGAGUCAUGGGUUUACUCCCCUGCACCAGCCUCUCCUGGCGGAGGACCCUACAGCCUCUGAAUUCAAGCAGGAACUCAGGCGGAAAAGUAAAUUGGUUGAAGAGCCAAUAGACAUGGAUUCCCCAGAAAUCCGAGAACUUGAGCAAUUUGCCAAUGAAUUUAAAGUGAGAAGAAUCAAGUUAGGAUACACCCAGACAAACGUGGGCGAAGCUUUGGCUGCUGUGCAUGGCUCUGAAUUCAGUCAAACAACCAUCUGCCGAUUUGAAAACCUGCAGCUCAGUUUCAAAAAUGCAUGUAAACUGAAAGCAAUACUAUCCAAGUGGCUGGAGGAAGCUGAGCAAGUUGGAGCUUUGUACAGUGAAAAGGUGGGAGCAAAUGAGAGGAAACGGAAACGGAGAACAACGAUCAGUAUUGCAGCUAAGGAUGCUUUGGAGAGGCACUUUGGGCAACAGAACAAGCCUUCCUCCCAGGAGAUCAUGCGGAUGGCUGAAGAACUGAAUCUCGAGAAAGAAGUCGUAAGAGUUUGGUUUUGCAACCGAAGGCAGCGGGAAAAACGGGUGAAAACCAGUCUGAACCAAAGUCUCUUCUCUAUUUCGAAGGAGCAUCUUGAGUGCCGAUAAGACGUGUGUGUGUGUGUGUGUGUGUGUGUGUGUGUGUGUGUGUGUGUGUUAGCCAUUUGUGUAGCAGUUUUCCAGCAAAAUCAGGAGUUACUCACUUGGUUAGCUUCAGGAACUAGAUUAAAUCACCAACUUCUGCAGUCUUUUAAAGACCCAAUGACUUAAAUUGAGAUAUUUAAUUGUUCUUAGAAUUCAGUGUUCAUGUUAAUCCUAAGACUAUAACAGCUAGGAAACUCUCCCCCCAAUACCUCGUCCAUCCUGUCUCUGCACAGAACACACACAGAGAGACUGGGUGGGGGUGACAGCAGUGUAUGUGUGAAUCUUUGUUUUAGUUUAAAAUUUCCUUUCUAAGCCAAUUUAUUUUGUUUUUAAUUUUUUAACAAAUAAGGACAGAUAUUUACAGAUUAUUAACCAUGGAAAGUCCAAGCUGAGAAUGUACUGAUGUGCCUGGAGAGCUGGCUCAGUGGUGAAGGGCAUUUGUGCCUCUCCCAGAUAACCUGGGUUUGAUACCCAGCACCCACAUGGCUCACAAUUGUCUGUAACACCAUUUCCAGGGGGAGUCCAAUGACUCUGCUAGCCUCCAUGGGCACCAGGCUUGCAUGUGGUGCACAAAUAUACAUGUAGGCAAAAAACUCAUACACAUGCCACUAGCGCUAAAGAUUUUUUGAGUAAGGUUUGAAGAGCCAGAGGCAACUAAGGAUUUUACCAUUGCCUUCAGAAAUAAUCUUCAUUCAGAUUCUAUUGAUGUCUUUGAAGUUAACAUUUAGGACUGGUUCUUAAACAAAUGGCUUUUUAUUUUUUUGAAGAUUUAUAGGAACAUUUAGGCAUGAUGUCUGUAUUCUUUCAUAAACAUGAGCUUUCUGCUGUUCUGCUAUGGAAAACAAAAGUUUCCAGCUUCUGCUUAGUGGCAGAGAAAUCCCUAAUAUGCUUCAGAUACUAGGUUCAAUCCUGAGCACAACUGAAAUAGAAAAACAAAAAAUAUAUACUUUAGGGAUUCCUGACCUCUGUCACUAAUCUAUCUGUCUGUAAGCUGUAACAGGGCAAAGCUACCUGUCUUGCUUGCUGUUAUUUCUCCAGUGACUAGAAAAGUGCUUGCUUAUAGUAGGUAUCUACAAACUGGGCCAAAGGGAUGGGUGUUACAGUGGACAACUGGUACAAUCAGGAAGGGUGCCAGCCAACUUAAAAAAUCUGAGUGAGUUUUGAAGUCCCGGUGUAGAAACUCACUUGAGGUCCCCUAACAGUGUGUCAAUUUGGGUAUGGGUCAAUUUUGGUCUGAAUGGUUACAUGAUUUCUUAUUAAUAAAAGUUGGAAACAAUGACUUUUCAGUUCUCCAGAUUAUAAUGAAGAUAUUUAUUGAAUCUGAAAAUGAACUCUGAAACUUGUAAGUAGAAGCAAUCUAUAAUGUGAUGUAAAUCUGGAACAGCAACUUUGCCAUUUUGAAUGUCAGUCUGCUGGCAAUAUUCAUCUAACCUAUUCUGCAUAACACAAGCUGAAAUUAGAAGAGGAUUUAAUAGUUAAGUACACUAUCUAAAUAAACUAUAUCAU